AAACCACGCACGGCAUGAUAAUCCGCGCGUCUCGCUGAAUAAACAGUGAAUGAAUAAACAGUCUUAGCAUAUGAUUAGCGUGUUUAUACUUUUCACCAGUCCCACUGAUGGAAGUAACCAGCAGUUUAGCAUAAGUUUUCAAAUCAUGUCUGACAGCGUGGACUAGACGCUUGUGAUUUAACUGGUCGUGGAAGCGAGACAGUUCUGGACUCUGCAAACGUACGGUCCGUGUCUGAGUUGUCUGUGUGGGCGUUGUUGUUUACCACUUUUCCUUUUCGCCAAUAAGGACCACGCGCAUUCGCGUGCAGGGGCGGAGGAAUCUACGGCGCCGUGACCGCGUGACGCAGCCGGUUGCUAGGUGUGGAUGACCCACGAUGCUUUCGCUCAAUUAGCCCGAUUCUCAGUCAUCAACUCCGUCACAACAAAGCAAGAAGCAGGAGAGGGACACUCCGCAGGAGAACAUGGCUUUUUAAACUCGCUCGUCUUCGUCCGUCCUCAACAAAGCGCCGUGCUUUGCUUUUGCAACGCACCCCAAAAACCUCAACCACAUUUUCAGCAAUAAUGGAGUUUCAUAAUGCUCACCCAGCCCUGUUUUCUGUGGCUCAACUCUCAAACUACAAUAUCGUGCACCAUAAACUCGGCCGUUUGAAUCACAGGACCAACGGACAGGAUGAUGGCAAUGUCAGCACCCAUUUGGAAGACUCUACUUGGCUGCCCGGCAGACCCCCUCGCUCUCUCUCACCCACAGGCUAACCACAGCCAAUUGGAGAGGCGCAGAGGGGAGGGGCCAGAGGAGAGCCAGCACUUAAUUGGUGAUGGUCUCAGUGACUGGAUGACGGAAGAAGUGGAUUUCUCCUCAUACCUCCCAACCCCUCACUCCUCUCCCUCCCCCAAUGCAUCCCUUCCCCCUUCGCCCCUCCAGCAUGACAACCAGGUGCCCUCUGAUUUGGAGGUCAUGACCUCUCUGCUGCAGGAAGAGCUUGCUCAGCUGGAGGAUUACUUCCUGUCUGACCCGCUUCCAGAGAAAGCCUCCAAACUGGGCAAAUGCGACAAAGGGCCACCACCAAUGGGUCCCCCAUCAUACUACCAGUUGCCCUAUGCAUCCUAUUCUGCUUCUAGCCAAUCAGAAUCUAGCCCCCUACUUGUUACCCUAGCAACUGGGGAACUAGACCUGCUGAGCUUUUGUGGGGGUCCCAUUGGCCGUUCCAAGAUUCCUAGACACGCCCCUUACAGUUGCAACCGCCCCAAUGGCAACGUCUGCGGCCGCAAGAGAGUUUCCGAUGGGGUGAGGGUGAGUGAAGGCUAUGAGAAUAGCAUCUGGAGUUCCAAAGGAAAUACCUCAGGUAACUCAGCUGUUGCGCUUGGUGGAAGCUACAGCUGUAUAGAGGAUGAACGGGUGGUGGGCAAAGGGUACUGCCUGGGCAGUGCGGUGGAGAUCAGAAGGUGCGCCAUUUUACCCAAAGAAGAGAAGAAUUGCCGCUACACAGAGGAGGCCGUCGGUAUAAGCAAAGUUGUUAGUGGCGGCUAUGGCUUUAGCGGGCCCAUCCAAGUCCCCCACAAGAAAGAUGACAUGAUGAUGUAUGGUGUCAGGGAAGUCAACCUAAAUGGAAUGGGUGGAGGUUCAGAGAUUGAGAUGAUGAGCGAAGGCAAGGCCGGCAUCAACGACAUGGUCAAGGCUGGCAUCCCCUGGAAGACCGAGUCCAAUGAAGGUUGCUUUAUCCAAGGAACACCCCAAGAAGAGGCCUACCAUAACUUCCUAGGGGCCAUCAACGAGCCUGUGAAAGCAGAAAGUGUGGAGAUGCAUCGUCAACACAGCGACUAUCAUUGCGGCUUUCUGCAGGGUCAAGGCCCUGACUGCUUGAAUGGUGACAGACACGGACACGAAAUGGGCGCUCCUUGUCCCAGAGGAGUCCGUUCCUUGAAGGAGGAACCCUGCAUUGUGAAACCAGAGCUGGAAGUCCCCCUUAUGGAAACCAAUCACGGAGAACGCAAGCAGAAGAAGAGAGAUCAGAACAAGACCGCAGCUCAUAGGUACCGCCAAAGGAAGAGAGCAGAGUUAGACUCACUGGAGGAGCAGCUUCAUGGCCUAGAGGGGAGAAAUCGAGAACUUCGGGACAAGGCGGAGUCGGUGGAGCGGGAGAUCCAGUACGUCAAAGACCUUCUGAUUGAGGUGUACAAGGCUCGCAGUCAACGCCUUAAACAGGAGGCCAGCGCCUGAGCUGAAGCUUGGUAGCCUGACAAAGAUGAUGGCCCUGCAAGUAGAAUUGAUAGUGCUCUAACAGAGAGUGGAAUUUAAGUUGGAAUGUUUUCUGAUCGAAUGUUUUUCUUUUUUAUGUUUUUGGAUGGGGGAGGGGUGUAUACUAUUGCACGUUACGUUAACCAAUCAUUUACUUUUUCGUUACAAACUGACAAGUCCAUCAACAGCUGCAGCACAAACUUCCACUUUUUCAGCUCCAACUCAAAGUCAAAUAAAUAUGCACUGUGAUUCUGUCAUGGCCUAAAUGACAGUUGGCUUUUUGUGUGGGCCUCCUUUUUCGAAGAAUAGCUAAAACGGGUCCUCUUCUCGUGUCCUUUUCAGGAUUGAUGUUAAUCGACACUGAAAACCUGAUUGAGCACAUUAUUUUCCAUUUACACAAGGCUAUAAUCUAUUAUCACAUCAGAAUACAACCUGCACAAAUCUUAAUUUAUCCGAACGUAAAUAAUUAUCUGUUGUCGUUGUUGAAAUUAUUUAUAAGCCGUUUUGAGGUUUGUAGUACUUGGCAAUAGCGUAAUUCUUCCAUCAAUUCAAAAAGAAAUAAGCACUGAUAUCAAAAAGCAAUCUCUUUCAAAAACAAUAUUGACUUUCAGGGGAAUCACUCUUUCCAAAAUGAAUAUUCCCUCAGGAAGAACAAGGCUGAUGAUUUUCUUUUAAAUCCCCAAUUUAGGUUAGUCCUGCAGCUCAGGUAUGCAAUCUAUGUCCAAAGUCACGGAAGUAUGUCAGUUUGUAACUUGAUGCUGAAGAUAUAUGGCACUGCCUAAUGUUAUGCGUGUUGAUUUCAUAUUGUUUCAGUCUUGCAUGCCUAAGAGUUCACAGCUUUUUCAAAAGAAUGCCUUUUUUUUGUUCUUUUUGUUGGUUCGGACGACGUUUGUUGAACAUCUCAGCAUAUCUCUCCUGCUAAAGACCUGUUAUAUAUCCUCUUUGCCUAGUCAUUUCAUAGAAUGAGUGACAUUUUUGAUUUCACAAACUACUGUUUGGCCCAAUGUCUCUGCUGUAAUUGCGAAAACAAUCAGGGUUUGUGAUUUUAUAUGGCUUGUUUGCUCCGAUUUCAAUUUCAAAUCGUGUCUGAAGGGGAGAACAGAAAAUCUUUAUAGUUCCACUGCUUUUCUAUAUAACAAGCUUUCAUGUAGUAUCAGCUCAAGUUCCUAGCAAUAUUUACUCAACAUUUUCAUUGACAUAAUUUAUUAAUUGCAAAUUAAAUUGUGUAUAAAUCUUCAACACUUUUAGGGGUUUCAUGUUUACAGCAUAUUUAAAUCCAAUAGCUAGUUUGGUGAUAUCUAAUAUGUAGACAUAGGGAGCCACAAGAAAAACGUAGAGGAGUCCAGAAGCAAUUAGAACCUUUUCUACUCCCCUAAUAUUUUUUUGGUUGUCAUUUUAAAGGUAUUUUAUCGAAGAUUCAUGUAUACCUUAAAACCUAGCAAUACAUCUAUUUUUUAAUCCUUCUAAAUAAGUAGCAUAGCAUAGAUAUUGAGAGAGCUAAGCACCAUAUCGGUUUCAAAUACGCUUUUCUCUUGGCGGUAUACAAUCAUGUGUAUGAAAUAUAGCCGGUUGUGGUACGUGUCACCUUGUGAAGUUGAGAUAUGAGUGUUCAGAUUUAUGAGCUACGCGACUGAGCCACAUAAUGUUCACACCAGCUAAAAACAACAACGACGAAGUCAUUUCGAUGUAUCACCUCCACUUCAACUGCUUUGUGUUUAUUUCCCUGUCAUUCUUUUUAAUUCCAAUAAAAGUGAUUUGUGUCAGCA